AUGGUAAGAUAUAAUGGGCUCUUUAAAUUCUUUACUAAACAGCCUAGCAAUCGAUGCAAGCGACGAAAGAUCAAGUGCGAUGGCGGGAAGCCUUGCGUGAAAACUCCUGACAAACCUCAUAGUGUGAUGGCGCCUGAUGACGGCUCUCAAAUGGUAGCCGAAGCAGCCGGAAUCGUGCCGGGGAGUCUUCAAUCCACGUCCAAUGAAGCAUCCCCAGCACAAACGUCUCAAAGCUUCCAACCACAAAGUGACUCCAGUAUAACGUCUCCUGAAUUCUGCGGUCCUUCGAGUUCUGAAUUCACAUUGAAUGUGGUCAGUGGAAACCUCAAAGCAAUGGGGAUGCCAGCAGCCAUAUUGAGCAAAUCCACGUCCGCGCCUGGAUGUCCAUCAUCGUCUCGCCUGGCACAAUAUGGGCCAUUUAUGAAGGUCUUGACUAUGGAUCCAUUGUGGGAUAUAAAAGGAGAUGAUGCAGUUGAUCUGAUUGAUCAAUGGUGCAAUGGGGUAGGCUCAUUAUACCCCGUGGUAGACCGCGACAGAAUGAUGCAGACAGCCAAUAAUGUGUUUGCAUCUCUGGAAUCCGCUUCGAGGGACGGAGUCAAGUUGGCAAAAGGUUCUUUGGUUGAGACUCUUUUCAAUGAUGAGACAAACAAGAUGAAAAUUGUCCUAGCCAUCGGGCGUACACUUGCAAGUGGAGGCAGAAACGACCAAGCGCAGAGGUUGUUUGAAAGCACUACAGAAGCAGUAGAGGGUUUGAUCUGGAACUCCAACGGAAUUCAUGGUAUUCAGCUUCUCGUUCUUGUGGCGCUAUACCACUAUCACCUUGAUGAAGAAGUGCGAACAGGCCGGAUUAUUGGGUUUGCAGCAAGACUCUGUCUCGAAAUGGGAUUGCACCGUCGAUUGAUGGUGGAGAAUGCCUUUCCAAAUCUUGAAGAGCGAUCAGACGCUUUGAGAACAUUCUGGUCUGUGUAUAUGCUUGAAAGGAGAACCAGUCUUGGCCAAGGAAUCCCCUUUUCCAUUCAAGAUUCUUACGUUGAUCCGUCACUAUUUACACUUGACAAUUCUAAUCCCAUCUUGUCUUGUCUGCUUGAUUGGACCAAGCUGGCUGGGAAAACCUGGCAGGCACUGAAUUGUCAAGGCGAAAAUGGAGCCAAAAUCAACACUGACGAUCUGGAUUACCUGGAUUAUCAAACCAUCCACUGGUAUGAGCAGCUUCCUGAACAUCUAACUUUAAACGAAACUUCACUACAUCUCAGCAGUGAGCUGGAAAAGCCAAAUUACAUCCAAGCCGUCCUGUUCUUCCGCAAAAGUCAUGUCCGCAAUUUAAUCUAUCGACCAGUCUUGCAGUCAGCAGGGCAAAUCAACCAGCACAAAAAGUAUGCUCAUACGGCUAUGAAAGUAGCAAAAGAGACACUGCAGAUGCUUGCAGAUCUCAACGACAAUACUGCCUCUAUUCGAACUCAUGCAAUAUUCUUUAAACAUCCAUUGCUCACUGCUUUUGGCAACCUUUUGUUGGCAAUCGUAAACGCUAGCUCUACGUUUUGGGACAGCGUAAGAGCAGAGUUUGACAUUGCUUUAAAUCUAAUCAAACUGCUGAGCACUCGAUCAAGCCCGUUGAUGCGGUUGUGGAAACGCCUUCAAGGUUUGCAAGAGCUUCAAACAAAACUUGCUAACCCGGCUCAAGAAUCCGACAACUUUCUUCCUCCAAACGACGUCCUGUCGUUUGACCAACUAUUCUCAGCGUUCCAAGACUCUUCGGAUCAAUUUCCAGGGGGUUCAAUAAUGCGAGAACAUGUUAAUAGUUUAUUGGAUGAUUCAGUCGUACAUGGCAGUUUUUCGAAUUUUCACUUUGAUUGGGAAUAGAUGCAAAUUAGUCAAAAUUGGCACAGG